CGUCAAUAAUAAUCUUUCUUUUAUCAUCUCUCGGAUACAAUCCGCAUGAACGAAACAGUAACCGAUGCAGCCUAUUAAAAUCUUUACGUUUAUCGCCGGCCUGGCCGUGCCGUUGGUGUCCGCCCUUGGCGCAUGCCAAAGAUACAGCACAUCAGGCAGGGCGACAACGGCCUCCACCUGCAACGUCCCACGUGUUUGUCCAAACGGCAAAGUCCCGACGGGCAGGCCGAGCUAUACAUUUACUCAAAGCAGACUUGGCAUAACGUGCUCAGCUCGCUAUACAUGCUGCUCUCCAUAGUAGAAAAGAUAAAGGUGGGAUAUGAUUGGUCUGGUUGGCGAGGGCGCGCGAGGAUACUGCUAUAGCAAACGGACACCAUCGAUGCAUAGGUCACUGGGUUUCGAGAUUGGAAUAUGACCGGCCCUUGGUUCUACAGUAGAAGCUGGACAGAUUGAAUGCAACAGAUAGGUAACAAUAGGUGACAUACCUGUUUAAUUGUUUAUUUUACUAUGGAGAAUGACGCCAAUCAAAGUCGAAGUGCCAAUGGUAUUAACUCAAGCGUUGCUGACCG